UAAACAUUAUUCGAUGCAAGAGACUGAGCAAUCAGAAAAAGAUAUGAUAGGUUCCCUUCUUGAUGAUGAUGAAUCAGAAUGCUCAGAAUUUCGAUCUUCCAUUACCAAAUCCCAGCAGCAUUCACAAUCUCCCAUCAAAAGUUUCAAAGAUCUGAGAGAGAGUCCAGUUUUAAAUGAGGAUCCAACGUAUUAAGAAUUCCCCUCUGCCGAUCCCAGCAACUUUUACAUUACAGUCUAACCUACAUUCAUUCAAUCACGAUAACAUUCCUCAAGUCAUGAAUUCCAUUCAUACAUGUUACCCCAACAACCAAUGUACUAUCCUUGUCAAGAUGGCUAUUUCUCCUAAAAAAGAACAAAAAAAUUACAAUUAUAAACAGAGAUUGAUUCAUCAAUUUCCCAACAAUGCCAAGACCAAUACGCUUCUUUGAGUAUUCAACAAUCGUUCAUCUAGGGAAACGAGUACCAAAGGGAAAAAAUAUUUAAAGGCUUAGUUGAUGAUUUACUCUUACUAUCAAAACACAAAUUUGGAAAUUAUGUCAUCUAAAAAAUAAUUGAAAACUGUAAUUAAAAUACCAGAACACUGAUUUUUGAACAAUUGAACUCUCAUGUGUUGGAAAUGUCCUAAGACAAAUUUGGCUGUAGAGUUGUCCAAAAAUUACUAGAAUUUAUCCUCAAUCAACAAAAAGUGUAACUUAUUUCCCAAAUCAAACCAUAUGCUUUAAAGCUCAUAUUCGAUUAGUGUGGAAAUCAUGUUAUCUAAAAAAUCAUAGAUUUAGUUACUGAUGCUGAAUUUAUUAUAGAUCUGGUCACAAAUAAUGUGGAUAAGGUUGUUUCUCAUCCUUACGGCUGUAGGAUAGCUUAAAAAUGUUUGGAAAUAUUUCCCAACGAUAAAUUAUAGGAACUUUACAUUUCCUUAAUUCCACUUUGUGAAAGGCUAUCGUUUUGUUAGUACGGGAAUUACAUCGUUCAACAUAUGAUGAACUCGGGACCCCCAAAAGGAUUCGAAGUUAUUGGAAAGUUCAUCAAAUCAAGAAUAAUAGAAGUCAGUUAAGAUAAAUAUGGAAGUAAUGUAGCAGAAAGGUAUAUUAAAUUGGCUUAAGAUGAUGACAUUGCCAGCAUAUGCAAAAUCCUUUUGAAUCAAACAGUCCCUCCUAUGUUACUAAUUUUAAUUAAUAACUCUUUUGGAAAUUAUGUAAUGUAAAAUUUCUAUUUGAAAUGUAAUGAUAAAUAAAAAGAAUAAAUUUAAAUUCAACUCUCUAAAUAUGAAGAACAUCAAUUCACUUAAUUUGGUCGCCAUUUCUUAUAAUAUUUAGCUAGAAUUCAUGCUUGUUGA